AGGGGUUUUAGACUAAGCUGGCUGCGGUGUGUAAACAACAAUUAUGAGACCGGACCCCGGGAAGUGGGAUUAUCGGAGGUCAGAGCUCAGGAGCAUGUCGAGCACUUCGGAGGACAUCCGGAGGCAACUGAAGGUGCGGCGUCAGAAGCAGAGGGCCAUUUUGGCCACGAGAUGGCGCUGCGCCCAGGGAGGAUUGGAGUUCGAGCAGCUGGACACCUUCUACGGAGCCAUCAGGCCAUAUCUCCGUGUGGCGCAGUUUUUUGGCAUCAUGCCCUUGGCGAAUAUCCGGAGUCGCGAUCCCCAGGAUGUGAAGUUCAAGGUGCGGAGCAUUGGCCUGGCAGUCACCGGUCUCUUCCUGCUACUGGGUGGACUCAAGACUUUGGUGGGUGCCAAUAUACUCUUCACAGCGGGUCUGAAUGCCAAGAACAUGGUUGGGCUGGUCUUCCUCAUCGUGGGCCUGGUCAACUGGCUGAACUUCGUGGGCUUCGCUCGCUCCUGGUCGCACAUAAUGCUGCCCUGGAGUUCCCUGGACAUUCUGAUGCUCUUUCCGCCGUACAAACGCUGCCGGCGCAGCCUUCGGUCAAAGGUCAACUUCAUUGCGCUGUGUGUGGGCAUCCUGGCAGCGACCACAUGCUGUACUAUGUGUCUGGCUACUGCAGCUACAGCACGCACAUCCUGCAGUGCCACACGAACCACUCGCGGAUCACCUUUGCACUUUACUUGGAGAAGGAGUUCUCCGACAUCAUGUUCAUCAUGCCCUGCAACACCUUCACCAUUUGCUACGCAUUUUGGAUAAAUGGAGCUUUUACCUUCUUGUGGAACUUCCUGGACUUCUUCAUUGUCAUGACCAGCGUUGGAUUGGCCCAGAGGUUCCAGCAGUUUGCCGCUCGAGUUGGCGCCUUGGAGGGUCGUGUAAAGCAAUCCAAGCUGUUCCUUAUUAAACCUAUUUCCUUAUUAAAUCUAUUUUCCAUUCAGCAAGUUCCCGAGGCUCUUUGGUACGAUAUCCGCAGGGAUCACAUUCGCCUUUGCGAGCUGGCCAGUUUGGUGGAGGAGAGCAUGUCCUGCAUCGUGUUUGUAUCCUGUGCGAAUAACGUGUAUGUGAUCUGCAACCAGGCUUUGGCUAUUUUCACCAAACUGCGCCAUCCCAUUAACUACAUCUACUUCUGGUACUCGCUGCUCUUCCUGCUGGCCAGGACCAGUCUGGUGUUCAUGACGGCCUCCAGGAUCCACGACGCCUCGCUUCUGCCCCUGCGAUCCUUGUACUUGGUGCCCAGCAAUGGCUGGACUCAGGAGGUGCAGAGAUUCGCCUACCAACUCACCAGCGAGUUUGUCGGCUUGUCUGGCUAUCGCCUCUUCUGCUUGACCAGAAAGAGUCUUUUCGGAAUGCUAGCCACUCUGGUGACCUACGAGCUCAUGCUGCUGCAAAUGGAUGCAAAGAACCCCAAGGGACUACGCUGCGUGUAACCAAAUCGGGCAACUGGAACUUAACUGAACUUAACUUAGCCGAAUGCGUAAUAAAAUAGUAAUCAGAUGCGAAAACUGCGCCUAAAAAAGGGUAGAAUAGUGUGAGUUCAUGCUGCCAAUUCGAUUCGGGUGGCUUUUAAAUGGGCAACAAGCUGCCAGGAUAAUUGGCCAUUCCGAGUGUCAUUUCAAUUUCAAUUUUUGGCCAGCUGUCAGUCAGCGAGGGCGAAUCCACAAAUGUGAGGGCAACCAAAGUCGUUUGCCAUUAGCUUCAAUUAUUCCUACACAUGUAGGCAAACGUAAUGUUGAUGGCAGCUCGAUGAGUUUUGGAAGG